UUACAGGCUUAUUCUAGAAGUCAUGCUAGUGACUUCUAUAUUCUGGCUUCCUAUAUAUCUCCAAAUGACAGUAUGAAAAUAUGAAAUGUGAACAUGCCAGGGGUUUGCUUGGAUGGUUGCCAUGCUUGGAUUGCUUGCUGGAAUCUUGUCAUGUUGCCACUUGAGAAUGAAAGGAAGGACAACUCUAUUUUAUUCCUGGAACAUAUCAUCUCUUUGGCUUCUGAUGGCAUUUUUCCAAUUCACUGUGAUCGGUUUUUGGAAGAUAAAUUAUUCAGAGAAUUUUAUGCUGCUAGUCUUAUAUGGUGCAGCUAUUUAUUGUCUGCGGAAAGUAGUUUUCAUUAGACAAAUGGAACUUGGACUACAAAAUCGAGGCCUGGUGAUUACUCCUUUCCACAAUACCCUUGGGCAAGGAUCCUACUGCAGUGCUUGUGGAGUGAGCAUUGAAGACAGACUCUUCCACAGCCAUUGGGUGAAUGGGUGCAUAACAAACAGGAACUUCAGUUGGUAUAUGGGAUUCUUGUGGCUGACAUUGGUGACAGUUGCAUAUGGGAGCAAUUUAGCUUUGACCAGUGUCUGCCAUCCUCAUUAUCUUGUACAGCAAUUCCUCCUGGUCCCCAAUGACUGCUCCUAUGUCUUCUCUGAUACAGAGUAUGCUUGCACUUAUGUGGCUUCCUGCUAUGCACUUCUAUUUGGCAUCCCUUUAGCCCUAACUGCCAUCAGCAUGACAGUCAAGAAACCAAGCCCAAAGAAGUGAUAUCUUUGAUUCCUUAUAUAAUUGCAAAUGAGAGUGCAUCACUCUUGGUGCAGUGCAGU